GCAGCCCCGGGGUCCCGGCUUGGGGGCAGAGAAGAUGGCUGGCGGGCGCCUGCUGUUGGGGGGCGACUUCCUGUCGCCGCCGCCGCUGCCGCCCCUCCCGCCGCCGCCGCUACCGCCCCUCCCGCCGCCCCCGCCCGAGCCCGUGCUCGAGCAGUGGCGCUAUAGCCACGAGAGUGACUGGCACUGGGCUCUGCGGCGCAGCUUCAUCUGCCGCCACCUGCACAGCUACCCGGGGGCCGCGCUCGAUCAGCUCCUCGCGCUCUCCGCUGCCUGGACCAACCACGUUUUCCUGGGGUGUAGGUACAGCCCACGCUUGAUGGAAAAAAUUCUCCAAAUGGCUGAAGGUAUUGAUAUUGGGGAGAUGCCUUCCUAUGACCUCAUGCUGCCCAAAGCUUCCAAAGGUCAGAAGCGCCACCUCUCCUCAUCCUGUGAUGGUCAGAAUCCUCCAAAAAAACAGGCCAUUUCCAAGUUCCAAAUUAGACCACGUUUUGAGCCCGUGCACUUUGUCGCUAGUAGUUCAAAUGAGGAAAGACAAGAAGAAUCUUCGGGCCCUCCCACAAAGGAAGUCAAGGAACAAACACGGUCUGCCCAGAUGCCAAGAAACACCUACCAAGAUUAUACUCAAGACUCAUUCGGAGUCCAAGAUGGGAAUUCUCAGUAUUUUGAUUCGUCGGAAUUUAUUUUCACAAAAGAGCAAUCUGUAACAGCCAACAUGCAUUUCGACAGCGGGAAACCCAGUCCCAGCAGCACACCACAGCCAGCAAAAGCCCAGACAAUCCUCGAACCUUCGGCAUCACAGACAUUUCCUGAGUCAGUGGUAGCUGAGAAGCAGUUUUUCAUUGAUAAGUUAACCGCCACUAUCUGGAAGAGCCUUUCAAAUCCUGAGAUGACUGCUGGAUCUGAUAAAAUUAAUUACACGUACAUGUUGACACGCUGUAUUCAGGCAUGUAAGACGAAUCCUGAGUACAUCUAUGCACCCUUGAAAGAAAUUCCUCCUGCUGACAUCCCCAAAAGUAAAAAACUUCUCAUCGAUGGUUAUGCUUGUGAAGUCCGAUGCCAAAAUAUCUACUUGACAACAGGCUAUGCUGGCAGCAAGAAUGGGUCUAGGGAUCGCGCCACUGAGCUGGCCAUCAAACUUUUGCAGAAACAUCUAGAGGUGAGGGUGGUCCGCCGGAAAUUCAAGCACACUUUUGGAGAGGACCUGGUGGUGUGCCAGGUUGGCAUGCUUUCCUGUGACUUUCCUCCAGCACUGAAACCCCCAGAGGACCUGGUGGUGCUAACAAAGGAUGCGACUGGGCAACCAAUUCAUAAUGCUUCUGCCAAGCACUGGACCAAUUUUAUCAUCACGGAGAAUGCAAAUGAUGCCAUAGGCAUCCUCAACAACUCUGCCUCGUUCAACAAAAUGUCCAUUGAGUACAAGUAUGAAAUGAUGCCAAAUCGCACCUGGCGCUGUCAGGUGUUUCUGCAAGACCACUGCCUAGCCGAAGGUUAUGGAACCAAGAAAACAAGUAAGCAUGCAGCUGCCAACGAGGCUUUGAAAAUCUUGCAGAAAACCCAGCCCACUUAUCCAUCAGUUAAAAGUUCCCAGUGUCAGAGUGGCUCAUCCCCCCGGGGCUCGGGAAAGAAGAAGGAUAUCAAGGAUCUCGUGGUGUAUGAGAACUCUACCAAUCCUGUGUGCACGCUCAAUGAUACAGCACAGUUUAACCGAAUGACCGUAGAGUACGUCUUUGAGCGGAUGACAGGUCUUCGGUGGAAAUGCAAGGUGAUACUUGAGAGUGAGGUCAUUGCCGAAGCCGUGGGGGUGAAGAAAACAGUCAAAUAUGAAGCAGCCGGGGAGGCCGUGAAGAUCCUCAAGAAGACACAGCCAACCGUCAUUAACAACUUGAAGAAAGGUGCUGUCGAAGAUGUGAUUUCAAGGAACGAGAUUCAGGGCCGCUCAGCCGAGGAGGCAUACAAGCAACAGAUCCGAGAGGAUAACAUUGGCAACCAGCUGCUGCGAAAGAUGGGGUGGACGGGUGGGGGUCUGGGGAAAUCCGGUGAGGGCAUUCGGGAGCCCAUCUCCGUAAAAGAGCAGCAUAAGCGGGAAGGGCUGGGUCUAGAUGUCGAGAGGGUGAAUAGGAUUGCCAAGAGAGACAUCGAACAGAUCAUCCGGAAUUAUGCCCGCUCCGAGAGCCACACCGACUUGACUUUCUCAACUGAGCUGACCAAUGAUGAGCGGAAGCAAAUUCAUCAGAUCGCCCAAAAGUAUGGUCUUAAGAGUAAGUCCCAUGGGGUGGGCCAUGACAGAUACCUAGUGGUUGGUAGGAAACGACGGAAGGAAGACCUAUUGGAUCAACUCAAACAGGAAGGUCAAGUCGGGCAUUAUGAGCUGGUUAUGCCUCAAGCAAAUUGAGCUCUCCUUAAUUUAUUUUGUGGAAUACCCAAUAAGGCCAAUUAAUUCAAUAAAUGCUACAUGAUUGAAUUGCAAAGUAUAUCCAUUCUUAAGAUGUUUUGCUGUGUUCAUUUCCUAUAGUGUUUUAGUAACUCUCAAAUCCCCACCCAGACCUUCCAGUCCACUUGUCACAAGCUUACUCCAGCAGAUGACGUCUGCGCACUUCCCUGUGUGUGUCUUUGAUACUGCUGUGUCCCUUUCAUUUUAGUAGUUGGUAUAAAGCCAGCACACACAUCCAGAGGGAUUUUAACUCCUGAGAAAAAUUCUCACUCUGAAGGGCAUAGCACAGCAACCUGUAACAAUAUGUACAAUUGACAUCAGCUACAGUCAGACUACAUUCUUCAUUCCAGACUUAACUGAAAAUGUCAGAUCAUGUUUUGUAUUACCUAUUCUUUUUGUGUAGAGCCGGUUCUAGACUGUUUUCUGAGUCCCUUGUGAUGUGCGUGUACACGUCCUUCCCAGUUAACUGGUGUAAAACUUUCCUAAAGUAACUUUAAUGUUCAUUUAUUUAUAACUUCUCCCAUGUGAUUUCCUCACAAUUGGAAGCGACUUACUGUCUGUGGUGAUAGAUGGUUGUUGUUUUUCAAUUUUUAACAAAUCUCUAGUCUUCAUGCUGAGAGAGGACUACUUAAGAGAUAUUUGGAAAGUUGGGGAAAACUUUGAUUCACUCUGAAGAAAGGAAGCUGGAACUGUCUGUUCUUGGUGCCUUGCAGAGAGACUUGCAAACCUCUCCGUCACCGUUUUUCCCUCAGUUUGGAUGGCAGCACAUCCAAACAGCCACCCUGUGGCAGAGCUCGGUCAAUAAACUGCAGAUAACAUCAGUGAUUUGAGGAAAAGAUCAGUUGACUGGUUCCCCCUCUCAAACAGCUUGUCAAGCCCCAAGAGUCAACUUUGUAGCAUAUUUAAAAUGGCUAUUUUCGCUGGUUUCUGCAAUGUACAAAAAUAUGUAUAAAAAGAUUUAGUGUAUGCUUCCUGAAUAAAAAGGAGCCAAAGGUGA